GCUGAAAUGUUACAAUCCAAGAAGAUAAAAGUAGAGGGCUUACCUUUUGAAACCAUUACGGUUGAGAAAUUGAGGGAUUACUUUGAGGCAUUUGGUGACCUGAAAGAAAUUGAUCUGUUGAUCAAUUCCAAGACAAAAACUUGUGCUGCURUUGUUAUAUUUCAAAAAGCAGAUGGUAUCCAAAAUGCACUUGAGAAAGAGAAUCAYCAAAUUGAUGGCUGUGUGGUGAAACUGCUAAGAAUUCMAGAWUCUWCCAAAACUGSAGCAAGAGAGARAACUUUGUUUCUGGAAAACCUUGCUCCUAAAACCACUGAAAAGACACUAAUAAACUACUUUAGUCACUAUGGUCAGAUAACCAAGGCUCAUGUUGUAAAGGACUACAAUACUGGAUUAAGCCAGAGAUAUGGUGUGGUGAAAUUCAGAAAACAUAGAAGUUUGRAUUCAUUUCAAAACAUUUCAGGGCAUGUUAUAGAUGGUUUUCCAGUCACAGCCAGGCGRCGUGGCCUUAAAUUCCGUCCCAAGUUUUUGUUUAAUGAGAUAAGUGGCCUCAAUCUUCAUCUCUCAAAAUCUUAGAAAAUGAUGUUUAAUAUAAACAAUAGCUGACUUGCGAAUUUUGCCUCAAUAGUCACGCACAAAGGAAUCAAGACGAGCCGCUGUGCAUAAAGCUUUUGAAAAGACAAUAGUUUUUCAAAAUCUACUGAGCUUUACACAUGGCGACUUGUCUUGAUUCUUUUGUGUUUGACUAAUGAAGUGAAAUUUGCAAAUCAGCUAUAGCAUUGGAAAUAAAAGACUCAACCCCAGUCUUCUCUCCUCUCUCUGGUGGAUGAAAGGAAUAUCAAAGUUUUGUCAGUCUCAAGAGUAAAGGUGUGUGGUGUGAGAGACGACUAAGUCAAGGGGAGGGGUGAAGGGUUAGUCAGGUGUUAGGUGAAACAUGCCUGCAAACUUACUUUGUGUGGCUUUCAGUGAUUUCAAAUUGUCCUUGAAUUUGAUUAAUGCUCAGUUCAAGCCYGUCUAUAUAGUUARGUUCAAAAAUUAAAUGACAAUACUCCAUUUUUGAGAUCUAUUUCCAUUUGCGCAACCUUUACUUCAAAAGCAUGUAAUAUAUUGAAACACCAUGUGUACACCCUGUUUAAAAAGUAAAAAAAAAAUUAUGCAUGAUUGAAGUUAAGCUUGCCGAAACUUGGGUGUUUAGUGGAAAUGUUGACCAACCACUGUCAGGUUUUCUGAUAUGUAUAUAAGGAGCACAAAAGGCCAUUUUCAUAAGAAUCAUUGAAUAUUGUAAACCAUCAUCAUUUUGUGUAGUUUGUAAGAUAUUCAUAGAGGUAAUUGUGAUUGUCUUUGAAGGCCAGCAGCCUUAAUCAGAAAUGAUUUCACAUUUUAAUUGAAAGCUACUUUGUUUAAAUCAGUAAUUAAAACACAAWUAGCAACACAAA